GAUUUUUGGUUCUCAUUUUCCAUUUCGGUCUGUAUCGGAAGUUCUGAAUCUUGAUCCGUGGCAAUGGCCGCCGUGAGCCGAGCUUCCACUCGCAUCCCUCAUCUGCUUGCUGCACGGGGAGCUUUUUCUCUUCAUACCACUGCCCCAGCUUUGUCUUCUUCGUCGACCGCCUCUCCGACACCGUAUGCUAGGCCGCCGCCUCCUUCGACCUCGUCCCCGACGGGGCUUCCCAAAGCGGCUGAGUAUGUGAUCUCGAAGGUUGAUGACCUCUUGAACUGGGCUCGCCGCGGCUCUAUCUGGCCCAUGACAUUCGGCCUUGCUUGUUGCGCCGUUGAAAUGAUGCACACUGGUGCUGCCCGCUACGACCUUGAUCGCUUCGGUGUCAUCUUCCGUCCCAGCCCUAGGCAAUCUGACUGCAUGAUUGUUGCUGGUACCCUCACCAACAAGAUGGCCCCAGCUCUUCGAAAGGUUUAUGAUCAAAUGCCAGAACCACGGUGGGUUAUAUCCAUGGGAAGCUGUGCAAAUGGUGGUGGAUACUAUCACUACUCGUACGCAGUGGUUCGGGGUUGCGACCGGAUUGUCCCUGUCGAUAUCUAUGUUCCUGGUUGCCCUCCUACUGCUGAGGCAUUACUCUACGGAAUUCUUCAGUUGCAGAAGAAGAUCAACAGACGCAAAGAUUUCCUCCAUUGGUGGACCAAGUGAGACCAUCCAUCCAAGUCGACUAUUGGACGUUGGUGGAUUCUUGGAAGUAUAAUAAGCUAUAUUACAAGGUUUGUGGAAAUGAAAUAGAAGAUUAUGAGUGAUAUUUCAAUAAGACCCCAUAACUGAGAUCGCCCUUGAUGAUGGUUUUUUUUCUCUGUUAUUCUGGAGGCAAAGAAUUAUGUGCCUCCUUCAACUCUGGAGUUUUCUCAUGCUUCCUGAUUUUUUCAACUCAAUUUAAUGUCUUCUGAUUAUUGUUAAUGACGUUUAUCAAUUUCUCCUCCCAAA